UGUUAUUAAAAAGGAAAAAUUAGAUAGCGAGGGGGUCUUAUCCCUUAAAAUUUUUUUUCCCUUUAUUUUAACUUUGCCAGUAAGAGCAUGGCAAGAGCUCACUUUCGCUUGCAAGACAAUGAAAUUUAAAUUCUAUAAUUGCUCCGACAGCGAGAGGCCUUGUUUCAUUUUUAAAGUUAAACUGAUUUUUGUAGUCCUGAUGUGAGAAUCGAAGCAAAGCUACUAACAAGUUGGCUCUCCCAGUUUACAAUUAUUACUUGGCAUUCAAGAACCUAAGUUUGAAAUUUUGAAAGUGUGAUAAUAUUUUUUUGGAUUGAGGAUCUACGACUUGUAACAUGAAGCCAACUGAACUUGAUUCGAGAAGCGCUGUUACGGCGGUGGUAACAACAACUGUUUUAGUUUUCUACUCAUUUAUGGCCAUCGUUGGAAAUACAUUGGUCUGUUUGGCCGCUUAUCGGAAGAGAAGAUCACUGGCAGUAACCAACAUCUACAUAGUCGCUUUGUCACUUUGGGAUAUUACUGUGUCAGUAACUGUGAUUCCUUUUUCUAUCGCUGCUUCAUGUUUGCGAGAGUGGCCGUUCGGAUACAAUUUUGCGCAGUUUCAGGGGUUUAUCAUACAUCUUUGGGCCGGUGUAUCACUCUACAUUUUUUCAUUAACAGCCCUCAACCGGUACAUCUGUGUUGUGAAACCUCAGCGCUAUCCUCAGCUCUAUACCAAAAAGAAAGCUGCAUUCUCAAUUUUGUUCGUAUUUGUUUUUACGCUCGUAACAGGCGUCAUUUCGAUUCCUACAGCCUAUGUUGUUUUCAUAUGGCAGCCUCAGUUUUUGUACUGUAUGGCUUUUUGGCCGGAUCAUUCAUCUAUUAUUUGGUUCUUUCUGUGGAGUUUUUACUUGAUUUUACCGAUUUUUCUUAUCGUAUAUUGUUACGGAAAAGUUUUCUUAGUUGUAAGGCACCAUAAUAUUGCUGUUAUACCCUCAUUACGACAGAAUAAUGCGACCACCACUCGCGCAGAAGAAUUCCGCGCCUGCAGAAUUCUUUUUGCUUCAGUAAUUGGCUUUUGUGUGUGCUGGCUUCCCUUGAGUGUCUUUGAAAUAUUAGUUGGGUGGGUUAAUCAGCCGGCUCUGUCUGUGCCUUCGAUGUUCGCCUAUGCUAGUGCGUGGAUUAAUCCUUUGAUAUAUGGCGCCAUGAAUAGAUCAAUGAGGAAGGAAUUUCUGAAAAUACUGCGGUGUCGAAAAGCUGAUCAGGAAUAAACAUUAUGAUAUCGCUGGCAGCGCCCGUGGGCAAUAUAUAUAGCGAGUCUUGAUUGGCUACCCGAGCGGCAAAGAUGGACCCAUCUUGACAGAACGGAGUUGCCGAGCGGACUUACAAAGUUCAUUAUUCUCGGACAAUAUCGGUAAUGAAGACGCCAAAAACG